AUGCGUUUCACACAAGCUGGAGCCGUUGCGGCCCUCUUUGGGCUAUCGCAAUCGUUCCUCAUUCCUCCCGAGAUAACCUCAUCAGACGCCGACAUCAUCAAGACCCUACCAUUCGAAGAUGCCGUUAUUAUCGAUACCAGGGUGAUGGAAAUCAAUUGUCCUGGAUGUCCUGCCAUUCCGGAACUCCAAGGCAAGAUGCACAUGAAGCAGCCUCCCAGCAUGCUCAAACUGAACUUCAGCCUAUCUCACGAAGAUCACGACCAGCUCUUGUUGAAUGGCCUUCCACUCUACCCUAUCGACCCAAGAUCUGGGGUCUUUAUGGAACCUCUCACAGCACCUUUGAUGGCUUUGACGCGAGAAAAGACCUGGGAACAGACUUCAACACCGAAAUUGGGAUAUGCGCUGAGCGUUCAUCACCCAGUCGCCUAUUCGACUCAAGACCAACUCGACCUUGUUUCCAUUCAUCUCGAAAUUGUGGAAGUUGGAGACAAGUUCGUGAGCGGUCUUCCGGGCGUGGAGAUCAAACUACUCGAGACACCCAGCGGAAAGUUGAUGAUUGGCGAUGCUCAAAUGACCCAACCCAAGAGCGAAGUCUCCAAGCCUACCGACAAUGGCCAAGAAUGCACAACCAUCCUUUGCAAGUGGAGGGCAAUUAUCGCUGAUAGACUCUCGAAAUUGAAGGGCUGUGGAUCCAAGGCCCGUCCCGACGGCCCACACGCUUUCGCUGGUCACACUGGCCACAAGAAGAAGCCCCAUCACGGCCACCACGGCCGUCCCGGCCCCAACCGUCCAUUCCGUCAUCACCACCGACAUGGAAGCUUUGCCCGCUUCUUGAAGGGCAUCGUUCUACAUGUGUUCAUUCCUGUCCUCAUCGGCAUCAUGGUUGGAAUCACCGCUAGUCUUGUUGGAAUGGUCGCAGGUCAUAUUGUCGUCUUUGUCUGGCGUACCAUGUUCCGUCGUGGACAGAGACAGCAAUACAUUGAGGUAAAGCAACAGGAACCCAGUGAGGAUGAAGAAGUCAAGAGUUUCCUUGCUGCUCAGGGCCCUCCACCAGAGUAUCAGGAAGCUGUGGUUGAGCAGAAGACCGAGGAGUAG